AUGCGCAAAACUUAUGGCUCAGGACUUCUCAUUUUCCACACAUUCUGCAAUUCACAAAACAUCGCAGAGGCAGACUGGGCGCCUGCUCAUUCAGAUCUUGUCGCAUCCUUUAUUGCCGCGCUUGCAGGCCAGUAUUCCAACAAGACAAUUUGGAACUAUAUCUACGGAAUCCGGGCUUGGCAUAUACUGCAUGGCCUGGAAUGGCGCAUGAAUGAACCAGAAAUUCUUGCACCAUAUAUUCAAGACAAGCCAGCUUUACAUGCGGCUUUCAUUCACUUUACGUCCCGGAAAGAGGCGCCAGCAGUUUUUCAACCUUCUUAG